AUGGUAAAUAAAACUAUGUCAGGUGAUCGUGAUCAAAGUCCUACAAGUACUAUCAACUUAGCUGAUCCCGAAGAAGCUGUACUAAUGGAUCCCAUAGAUCACGAACGCUGUCGAUACCCUUACUGUAUAGUUUGGACCCCAAUACCUGUACUCACUUGGAUAUUUCCUUUCCUCGGACAUAUGGGCAUUUGUACAUCAUCAGGUGUAAUCCGAGACUUUGCUGGCCCAUACUUUGUAUCUGAAGAUUUGAUGGCAUUUGGAAAUCCAACAAAAUAUUGGCAAUUAUCUCCACAAAAGGCAAAUAAUGGUCAGGCAGGGUGGGAUGCCGCUGUUGCUGAAGCUUCUGAAAUUUAUAAGAAAAGAAUGCACAUACUGUUCUAUGAUAACUGUCAUUCCCACGUGGCAACUGCUCUGAACAUAAUGAGCUAUGGAGGCUGCAAGAACUGGAACAUGGUGAAGCUGGCAUUCUACAUGAUACCAUACUCUAGUUAUGUCAGCAUUGGAGGGUUUCUCAAAACUUGGAUUCCAUUUUUGAUAAUAGUAGCAUUUAUAGUUGGUUUAGCAGCAAUUAUUUAG